AUGCCGGUUCGCAGGGGCCACGUCGCUCCCCAAAACACUUACCUGGAUACCAUCAUUCGCAAAUUCGAGGGCCAGAGUCGUAAGUUCCUGAUCGCCAAUGCUCAGAUGGAGAACUGCGCCAUCAUUUACUGCAAUGACGGCUUCUGCGAACUCUUCGGCUACUCCCGAGUGGAGGUGAUGCAGCAACCUUGCACCUGCGACUUCCUUACGGGCCCCAACACCCCCAGCAGUGCCGUGUCCCGCCUGGCGCAGGCCCUGCUGGGGGCCGAGGAGUGCAAGGUGGACAUCCUCUACUACCGCAAGGAUGCCUCCAGCUUUCGCUGCCUGGUGGACGUGGUGCCUGUGAAGAACGAGGACGGGGCUGUGAUCAUGUUCAUCCUCAACUUCGAGGACCUGGCCCAGCUUCUGGCCAAGAGCAGCAGCCGCAGCCUGUCCCAGCGCCUGUUGUCCCCGAGCUUCCUGGGCUCCGAGGGCUCUCACGGCAGGCCGGGCGGGCUGGGGCCUGGCCCAGGCAGGGGCAAGUACAGGACGGUCAGCCAGAUCCCGCAGUUCACGCUCAACUUCGUGGAGUUCAACCUGGAGAAGCACCGCUCCGGCUCCACCACCGAGAUCGAGAUCAUUGCGCCCCACAAGGUGGUGGAGAGGACACAGAAUGUCACCGAGAAGGUCACCCAGGUCCUGUCCCUGGGCGCGGACGUGCUGCCCGAGUACAAGCUGCAGGCGCCGCGCAUCCACCGCUGGACCAUCCUGCACUACAGCCCCUUCAAGGCCGUGUGGGACUGGCUCAUCCUGCUGCUCGUCAUCUACACGGCCGUCUUCACGCCCUACUCGGCCGCCUUCCUGCUCAGCGACCAGGACGAGUCCCGGCGCGGGGCCUGUGGCUACACCUGCAGUCCGCUCACCGUGGUGGACCUCAUCGUGGACAUCAUGUUUGUCGUGGACAUUGUCAUCAACUUCCGCACCACCUACGUCAACACCAAUGACGAGGUGGUCAGCCACCCGCGCCGAAUCGCCGUCCACUACUUCAAGGGCUGGUUCCUCAUCGACAUGGUGGCCGCUAUCCCCUUCGACCUGCUCAUCUUCCGCACCGGCUCCGAUGAGACCACGACCCUGAUUGGGCUACUGAAGACAGCGCGGCUGCUGAGGCUGGUGCGCGUGGCACGGAAACUGGACCGCUACUCUGAGUACGGGGCGGCUGUGCUCUUCCUGCUCAUGUGCACCUUUGCGCUCAUCGCGCACUGGCUGGCCUGCAUCUGGUAUGCCAUCGGCAACGUGGAACGGCCCUACUUGGAACCCAAGAUCGGCUGGCUGGACAGCCUGGGUGUGCAGCUUGGCAAGCGCUACAAUGGCAGCGACCCGGCCUCGGGCCCCUCGGUGCAGGACAAGUAUGUCACGGCGCUCUACUUCACCUUCAGCAGCCUCACCAGUGUGGGCUUCGGCAACGUCUCGCCCAACACCAACUCCGAGAAGGUCUUCUCCAUCUGCGUCAUGCUCAUCGGCUCGCUCAUGUACGCCAGCAUCUUCGGGAACGUGUCUGCCAUCAUCCAGCGCCUGUACUCGGGCACCGCGCGCUACCACACGCAGAUGCUGCGCGUCAAGGAGUUCAUCCGCUUCCACCAGAUCCCCAACCCGCUGCGCCAGCGGCUCGAGGAGUACUUCCAGCACGCCUGGUCCUACACCAACGGCAUCGACAUGAACGCGGUGCUGAAGGGCUUCCCCGAGUGCCUGCAGGCCGACAUCUGCCUGCACCUGCACCGCGCGCUGCUGCAGCACUGCCCGGCCUUCAGCGGCGCCAGCAAGGGCUGCCUGCGCGCGCUCGCCGUCAAGUUCAAGACCACGCACGCGCCGCCCGGGGACACGCUGGUGCACCUCGGCGACGUGCUCUCCACGCUCUACUUCAUCUCCCGCGGCUCCAUCGAGAUCCUGCGCGACGACAUGGUCGUGGCCAUCCUAGGGAAGAACGACAUCUUUGGGGAGCCUGUCAGCCUCCAUGAGCGGCCUGGCAAGUCCAGCGCAGACGUGCGGGCCCUGACCUACUGCGACCUGCACAAGAUCCAGCGGGCAGACCUGCUGGAGGUGCUGGACAUGUACCCUGCCUUUGCGGACAGCUUCUGGAGUAAGCUGGAGGUCACUUUCAACCUGCGGGACGCAGACGGGGGUCUCCAGUCAUCACCCCAACAGGCUCCGGGCAGCCAAGACCAGCAGGGCUUCUUCCUUGGCAACCAGUCAGAUGCAGCGCCUUCCCUGAGCGUCUCAGAUGCAUCUGGCUUCUGGCCUGAGUUGCUGCAGCAAAUGCCUUCAAGGCACAACCCCCCGAACCCUCAGGGAGACCCAGACUGCUGGCCUCGGGAGCUAGGCUCCCGGCUAGAGCAGCUCCAGGCCCAGAUGAACAGGCUGGAGUCCCGCGUGUCCUCAGACCUCAGCCGUAUCCUGCAGCUCCUUCAGCAGCCCAUGCCCCAGGGCCACACCAGCUACAUUCUGGAAGCCCCUGCAGCCAAUGAUCUGGCCUUGUUUCCUAUGGCCUCAGCGACUCAGAGUCCAGGGCCCAUGCUGCCCCAGGGCCAUCUGCUCCCUGCACAGACCCCAGGCUUGGACUUGGACAAAUAUAGGCUAAAGCAGAAGAACUCCUCCAAGAUGCCUAACCUGGUCAUGGCAAUGGACAAAACUCUAACACCAUCCUUGGAACAGGAGCAGCCUGAGGGGCUACUGUCACCCCUGGCCUCACCUCUGCAUCCCUUGGAGGUACAGGGACUCAUCUGUGGUCCCCGCUUCCCCUCCCUCCCUGAACACCUUGGCUCUGUUCCCAAGCAGCUGGAGUUCCAGAGACAUAGCUCAGAUCCUGGAUUUGCAGGGAGUUAA